AGCAAUAUCCAUUUCCCUUUUCAUCUCUUAAUUGCUAUCUAAACCCUCUCUUCUCCACCUUCCAAAAAUGGCUCAAACCAUCAGCACUGAUAACAUCCCUAGGGUGACCAACACCACUCCUAUGGUGACUCCGAUUCCUCCUCCUGGUACCACCAUUAACCCGACCCACGAAAUCAUCCCUAGGACCACCGGCCAGAUCAACCCGAGGGGAUAUACUACUACUCCUCCCACCUACCCAGUCCAAGAAGUUGUCGUCCCUGCAACCGUGGCCAACGUCAACGCCAUCAAUCCACUGAGCAGUGGCCUUGUUGUCCCUGCACCCCUCCCGGUGGUAGCCCCGUUGAAGGCGAAAACCGUUAAUCCCAUUCCGGCUGGUAGGUAUCUUAGGAAUAGAAGGGGAGAUCUUCUUGCUAGCUCCGAGGAUACCACCAUGAUGGACCAUGUUAGAGCAACUCACGACGUGGAUGCAGUCCACUACAAAGUGAAACCUCUCCUGCACCUCAUCGAGGAUAUAAUGCCUCGCGCCAAUGCUGCCAUUCCCGGCCACGUUCAGACCAUUCUAACUCAACCGGCACGGCUAGAUGCAAUCUUGGAAGAGAAGGUUUUGCACUCCGGUCUCUCUGAAGUGGUUGAAGCAUUAGCAUAUCCUGUACACAGAACAUCCUCCGAGAUGAUCUGUGGAUACUCAAACCAAAUAGAUGCACACAAUAUCACCUUGUCAGUCCUGAAGCUGCUAGCGAACUACUGGUGGGACGCGAAGGCGGUGAUCACCUUCGCCGCCUUCGCCGAACAAUACGGCGAGUUCGGGCUGGUGGUCCGCCUCUACCCCACCGACCCACUGGCGAAGUCGGUGGCGACCAUCAAGCAGAUCCCGGACAUCAUGGAGAGCGCGGAAUCUCUGGGCGCCGUCAACUCCAAGUUCCGGGAAGUCACCAAGCUGGUCAGCAAAAUGGUGGAGGUAACUAACCAGAUUGUGGCGUUGAAGGAGAUCGCCACCGAGGAGAAGCUGCUUAAGGUGAAGUACAGGGUGAACGUGUACAAGGAGCUUGCGGAAUCCUUGUCGCCGGUGACGGCGGAGCAGGAGAAUGUGAUAGCAAAGGCUUCGUAUUAUGUGGUCAAAGCCGCCGUGACUUGUUCUCUGGUUAUCUUCAACCUUUUGGCUGUUGGGCGAGAUUACUACUCCUCAACUGAAGAGGAUUUGGAGAUAUCCACCUUGACUCACAAGCUCAGUUACAUACUUGGUGAUCUGCAAAAGGCGACACACAUUGCUAACCAAGAAAUAGGCAAGAUAAAGCACACAAUCAAGCGAAAAAUACUUGAAGAAACCUUGGCAAGAACGCACACUGAUAACAAGUACUCGGCGGAGCUCAUCACAUGUGGCGAAAAUGACCCAACACCAAUUAUCCAUGGAGCAGGAAUUGAUAUCAGAAAGCAUGGACUUGAGAUGUUGAGGAGGAAGUAUGUGUUCCUAUUGGUAUCAGAUUUGGAUAUUCCUAAUGAAGUCAUCACUAUGCUCCGCCAUAUGUAUCUGGAAUCGAAGCAAGAUCCAAGCAGGCUGGAGAGUCAGUUCGAGAUUGUGUGGCUUCCAAUUGUGGACAGAAGGGCGCCAUGGACUGAGGCUAAGGAGGAGCAAUUCAAGCUAGUGAAAGAUAGCAUGCCAUGGUAUUCAGUGUCUCACCCUUCAAAGAUUGAUGAAGCAGUGUAUGGGUAUGUGAAGGAAGUAUGGGGUUUCACCCACAAACCCUUGCUGGCUGUUGUGGAUCCUCAAGGAAAGCUAAUAAACAUCAAUGCAUUGCCAAUGUUUUGGAUUUGGGGAAGUGUUGCAUUCCCCUUUAACAAACUUAAGGAAGAAUCUCUAUGGAGUGAAACUUCUUGGAGCAUGGCACUCUUAGCUGACUCCAUUGACCAAAACCUCUUUACCUGGCUGAAUGAUGGGAAGUACAUAUGUUUAUAUGGAGGAGAAGACAUGGAUUGGAUUCGGACCUUCACAAAGACAGCAAGGUAUGUGGCACAACAAGCGCGCAUCCCUCUAGAAAUGCUUUACGUUGGGAAGAUGAACGUGAAAGAUAGGAUAAUCAAGAGGAACAAUGCGACGAUACAGGCAGAGGGUUUGAGCAGCAUCCUUCAAGACCCAACCAUGAUUUGGUUCUUCUGGGAGAGGCUAGAGAGCAUGUGGUUCCUCAAAGGAGAAAAGACCCCUGCAAUGCAAGAUAAUGACACUAGGACUUACAUUAUCCCUGAGGAGAGCAGGGACCCCAUUCUGCAGCAAGUGAAAGCCAUCCUCAGCUACGACGGCAGCAACCGUGGCUGGGCGGUGUUUAGCCGAGGCCUGGCUGAGAUGACCAAAGGGGAAGGCAGCAAUGUGGUAAAAGUGUUGAAUAACUUUGAUAGCUGGAGACAUGAAGUGACUGAUGAGAAUGCAUUUAUCCCUGCACUGGAUAAACAGCUUCGUGGGCUGUAUACUAAGCACCACUGCACCCGCAUGGUUGUGCCGGCGGCGGUGGGACACUACCCGGAGACGGUGGCUUGCGUGGAGUGUGGGCGUUCCAUGGAGAAGUUCUUCAUGUAUAGCUGCUGCCUGGAUGAGUAUGAGACUUAAAUGCCUCCUUCAUCAGCUCUUUCCAUAAGGCCAGGUUUCCUAUGAUCCUAUCCCCAUACGAUCUUAUAAGAUCGUAGCAUUUGGUUACAAUAUGCUUUUUGUUCAUCUAUGUUUUGUAAAAUAAAAGAUGCAUUGGUGCAUCUUUUCAUGUGUUUAACAUUAUUAUUUACUAUCUAGAAUAAUGUAUUCAUGUUUACUUGAAUAAUAUAUAUGUUAUAU